AUGGCAAGUAAUAAGAUUAUGUCUGUGAUCCGACUUCCGAAGAACGAGCUUGAUGCUCAGAUUUACCGUUACCUUCAGGAGGCGAACUACACAGACGCAGCAGAGGCAAUGAAGGCGGCCAAUUCAGCCGUUGUGCCCGCAGCUCGCAAUCUCAAGUUCUCGGCACUUAUUGCCGCCAAAAACAACAUCAAUGAGGAAUCUGACAGCGACGACGAGCCCGUGCGCAAGCCGGUGAAAGCGUCUCCUAAGGCUGCUCCCAAGAAGCCCGUGGCCGAUUCCGACAGCGACGACGAGCCCGUGCGCAAGCCGGUGAAAGCGUCUCCCAAGGCUGCUCCCAAGAAGCCCGUGGCCGAUUCCGACAGCGACGACGAGCCCGUGCGCAAGCCGGUGAAAGCGUCUCCCAAGGCUGCUCCCAAGAAGCCCGUGGCCGAUUCCGACAGCGACGACGAGCCCGUGCGCAAGCCGGUGAAAGCGUCUCCCAAGGCUGCUCCCAAGAAGCCCGUGGCCGAUUCCGACAGCGA